AUGAUGUACGAUCAACAGAUCGAUGAAAGGGGCUAUCUGUUGUACCGGAAUCGCUACAAUGGUAAAACGGAGCAAGACAACCCGAACCUGCUGUUUAUCUUGCUGACUAUAAAUGAAAAGUAUGCCGGUUCUCGCUACAGCACGUACCGCUGCGCCGGCAAACUACACGCACUUCAGAAAGCACUGUACACAUCGCACAUACCUUUCGAGAUGGUCCACUCAAUUCUGAACCGCCAUCAGCUGCACCUGAUCGAUAGUGCACCGUCCAUCAAACCGUCCCAGCUUACGAGUGUCGUACAUGACAUUUAUUUCGCCGCCACCCGGAUGGGUUACUUUGACGAGCUAACGACACGUCCGAACCUGGACGCGGUCAGUGCAAUAUUGGCCAGCUUUUUCUGGGCCGUGUUUGAUCCGAAACGAAGCACUCCGGUGUCGGUACUGGAGCUACGCCAAACGUUUCUACUGCUGUGUGACCAUACCAGCCAUGCGCAACUCGUUUGGGAACACUUUCGGCUAACCAGUGACCACAAUCUGUGCGUGUCACGGCACCGUUUUGAAGCGAUGCUUAGUGUGUUAUCGAAGGUGUUAACCUUUCUCGGGGAACCGGACCAUCUGCGACCGUCGAUGGUGCAGCAGAUUACCGGUGAAUGUUUUGCCAACUAUCCGGGGUUGGUCGGGUUAACUGAGUAUCAGUUUUCCUGCCUAUGGAAGCUUUCGUCAUUGUUUUCGUACUACGGCAACGUGGUAUCGCUUUGCAAACGGCUCCGUGACACUGAACACACCACGCACGGUAUGUUGUGCACCGGGUGCCGGAUUACGAUCCGUGGGCUACGCUUCAAAUGUCAGCGCUGCCGGCACGUGUCCCUCUGCAUCGAAUGCUUCACGACUGGUUACAGCAACAAGCGACAUAAUAUGGCGCACAAGAUGUAUGAAAUUAGCGGCAGCGAUACGGACGAUGGUUCGCGAUGUAGCGCGUUUGUUGCGAAACUGUGGCGCUGGUUAAAGGCGACCAACAAUCCUGCCGCUAGCACGGGUGCUACACCAACAUCACCCUCUACCUAUGAAAAUUUGGAAGCAAAACUUCUCGAUACGAAAGCGGUUGAUUUGAUGCAGGGCGAAGAAGUGUGUAUGGUGCAGGAGCACGACGGUGACGGCGAACGUAAAAACACACAGCGAAGAGAAUCGAUCGUUAAUAGUACGCUAAAACGCAACAUGAGCCUGUUUAGUAGCGUCGAGUACGGUGUGUUUAACAAUACGCAGCAGAAGAAUCUGCUCGCCAAACUGGCAGCGCUGGUAGACACGCUGGAGGAACAACAUGAAGCCACUCGCAACCGGAUGGUGGAUUGUUGGCAAGGAUUGACGGAUGAACAGCGCCAACCGGCCGCUAGCAUGCACACACUGUUGGAGAGCUUCGUGGGACAGAUUGCGGAAGGAUUGACACAGCUGAAAGAUAUCGGAGCACAGCUCGGACAAGGUUUGCCACAGUGUUCGAGCACACCGUACCGUCAGACAGCGCUUACAUCCGAUUGCUCAACCGACAUUGCCACAAGAGAAAAAACAAUGGGACGUUCGCGAAUAAUGGAAAAGACGGAGCUGUCCGUGCGUGAUAUUAGCACCUGGUUCCAUAUCGAGCUGGACCGUGGUCAGCAGACUGGUGAAACAGACGUAAAGAACGGCAACCCACAGCAGGAGCUCACGGAAGAACGGACGAUCAAAAGGGAUGAACUGUCGUGCCGCAUCGAUCGAUUAAAAAUGGACACCCAGAUGGUAAACUUUCGCGAUCUGUUGCUGAAAGUGCGCGAGAUUGUGGAUGAUUCGUACAGCGACAAUACCGAGCUGGCCCGUUCCACACAGCAGAUCGAAAAAGCGCUAGAUCGUAUCAUAGCUGAAGAGGAGCUAAAGCGUGCCCAGCAACAGCAGUUACUGCAGGUUGUCUAA